AUGAAGUCCUACGCCGUCGCUGCACUUGCUGCCACGGCUGCCUACGCCGCCCCCGUGCAGAACGCCAAGCGUGCCGCAACUGACGCCGACAUCCUCAACUAUGCUCUCACUCUAGAGCACCUCGAGGCUACCUUCUACAAGGAGGGCCUCCAGAACUACACUCAGGCGGACUUUGUCGCUGCUGGCUUCGCCGACCCCUUCUACGCCAACCUGGUGGAAGUCGCCAAGGACGAGGCUACCCACGUCAGCUUCUUGACUUCUGCUCUCUCUGCUGCCGGCGCAACCCCCGUUGCCGCGUGUACCUACGGUUUCCCUGCGACCGAUGCCAAGUCGUUUGUUGCUCUCGCGUCCGUCCUCGAGGGUGUCGGUGUUUCGGCCUACCUGGGCGCGGCCGCCUCCAUCGCCGACAAGGACUACCUCACCGCCGCCGGCUCGAUUCUGACUGUCGAGUCGCGCCACAAUGCCUACAUUCGCGCCGCUCUCACCGAGUCCCCCUUCCCCCAGCCGUUUGACGACCCUCUCUCCCUGAACGAGGUCUACACCCUCGCCGCCCCCUUCUUCGUCUCCUGCCCGUCCACCAAUCCAUCCCUGCCUGUCAAGGCCUUCCCUGCCCUCUCCGUCACCACCGCCGGUCCUCUCAAGACGAACGAGACCAUCACCCUCGCCGUGGACACCACCACCUACAUGCCCCCAGCCGGCACCCCCGUCUUCGCCGCCUUCAUCACCGUUACCGGCCCCAUCUGCGUCGAGAUCACGUCCGUUUAUGCCGGGUUCUCCGUCACGGUCCCCGAGGGCGUCGAGGGCCAGAGCUACGUCGUCCUCACCAUGUCGAACACCUCCGUCUCCGACGACAACACCCUGGCGGGCCCGGCAAUCAUUGAGAUUGAGUAA